UUAUACAUUAAUAGGUCUGUACAGUGGUAUGAACUAUACCAUCACAGUGAGAGCUGGUAAUGUACUAGGAGCAUCAAAUUCAAGCAUCAUAUCAGCUAAGACAUCAUUAUCAAUACCUGUAGGUGUACCCUCAUCUCUUCAUGUUAAUCCAAACACUAAUAGGAUUAUGUGGAAUGAGAUCAAUUGUUCUCAACUCAAUGGUAGAUUCGUUGAAUAUAAUGUACUCAUUGAAAAUAUAUAUCUCAAUGAGCUGGUGUUUGGUGCAGCAUACAACAUUAGUGUAGCUGCUGUCAAUCCUGUUGGAAGAGGUCCCUUUAGUGAUCCCAUUGUUGUAGAGAUUGGAGCUAGUAAUAUUUGUGAUGCAUCUAAUGAAGGUGGUGCUGCUAUCGGACUUGCAAUUACUGUAGCUUUAUUGAUCAUUCUAUUAGCUAUUAGUCUUGCUGUCCAUAUCUACUGUUUCAUAAGAUUAAUGUAUCCCACUAUUGUUGAAACAAAAACAAGUAAAUCCAUUGCCAAAGAUGAAAAUAAGUUAGUGCUUUUAAUAAUGCUGAUAUGUGACCAUAAUUGA